UGAUGCUUUUGGGAGGAUGCAUCUGUGGUGUGUUGCUGACACUGGAGAUUGUGGGCAGCAGCAGAUCUGCCUAUUCAUUUGGAGCUUUUGUCACAUCUCUUCUGUGGAGAUGCUGUUGCAUAUGAAAGUCUGAUAUGAUGGCAAAGGUCAGGAGGGUAAUAGCUUUGAUGGCAUCCCCUGAAGCAAAUCAAAAUUCCUUUGAAAGAUUCUGUUCAAUUUGAUAUCAAAGGUCUGGUAGCACUCCAGGGAUUCUUCUCUCUGCUAUUAUGCUUAUAGUUAUUACAAAAAUUAAUGUUUGCCCAUUGUUGGCUUUUUUUUUUUUUUCUUAAAUAGGAUGUUCUGCCAUAAGAAUGGAAAAUAACCACUUCUCUCUUUCCUCCCCCUCCUUUCUGUCUGUUUCAGGGAUCCUCGAUGCAUUUCCUUGCCAUUAUUUAAGGAGCCUUUACUAAAAGCUUUUGGAUUGUGUUUCUGAGCGGACGAGAGAUUUUUGUAUCCAAAAUGCUCAUAAAGGAAUAUCGUAUUCCUCUUCCGAUGAGCGUGGAAGAAUAUCGCAUCGCCCAGCUCUACAUGAUACAGAAAAAGAGCAGAGAGGAGACAUGUGGGGAAGGCAGUGGAGUGGAGAUCCUGGAGAACAGGCCCUACGUGGAUGGCCCGGGGGGCAGUGGGCAGUACACUCACAAGGUUUACCACAUCGGGAUGCACAUCCCCAGCUGGUUCCGCUCCAUACUGCCCAAGGCAGCUCUGCGCGUCGAGGAGGAAUCCUGGAACGCUUAUCCUUACACGAGGACAAGGUACACGUGUCCUUUUGUGGAGAAGUUCUCUAUUGAUAUUGAGACGUACUACAAAACUGACCCAGGAGACCAUAACAAUGUAUUCAACCUUUCUGCUGCUGAAAAAAGACAAACCAUUUUAGAUCCUAUUGAUAUUGUUAAAGAUCCUAUCCCUCCCCAUGAGUACAAAGCUGAGGAGGAUCCAAAGCUGUAUAAAUCAGUGAAGACUAAAAGAGGGCCCCUCUCAGAAGAUUGGAUUCAAGAGUACAAGAACAACCCUGGGAAAUACCCCAUCAUGUGUGCAUAUAAACUGUGUAAAGUGGAGUUCCGAUACUGGGGGAUGCAGUCGAAAAUCGAGCGCUUUAUCCACGAUGUUGGCCUGCGGAAGGUCAUGGUCCGGGCUCACCGGCAGGCCUGGUGCUGGCAGGAUGAGUGGUACGGGCUCACCAUCGAGGACAUCCGGCAGCUGGAGAAGGAGGCGCAGCUGAUGCUGGCCCAGAAGAUGGCCCAGUUCUGCGGCGAGAAUGACCCAGAGCAGCACGGUGUCAAGGACACUCCUGGGGAGAAGGACGUGGAGCCCAGCACGGGCUCGCCUGCAGACACCGAGGACGUCUCUGCGAACAGCGACGCGGCCUCCGGCAGGUCGCUCACCAAGCAGUGGUCCACCUCCUCCAAGUCCUCACGGUCUUCAAAGAGAGGAGCAAGUCCCUCGCGCCAUAGUAUCUCCGAGUGGAGGAUGCAGAGCAUUGCCAGGGAUUCAGAUGACAGCUCAGACGAUGAAUUCUUUGAUGCACAUGAGGACUUGUCUGACAAUGAGGAAAUGUUCCCGAAAGAAAUAACCAAAUGGAGUUCCAACGAUCUGAUGGAUAAAAUUGAAACCCCCGAAUGCGAUGAUGUCCAGGGUGAUUUGUACCAGGAAACAUCAGCAGAGUACCACGUUGGCUCCAGCGUGGAGAGGCUCAGCAUCAUUGAGGAUGAAUCAGUGCAGCCAUUAAUGCAGCCAAGUAAAAUCCACGUCCUCCUCUUGGUCCUCCAUGGAGGGAACAUCCUGGACUCAGGAAGUGGUGACCAAAGCUCCAAGCAAGGGGAUGUCAACACCAUCACGACCGUGUUCGACACAGUGAUGAGGGUGCAUUACCCAGCUGCUCUGGGACACAUUGCCAUCAAACUUGUCCCUUGCCCAACCAUCUGCUCCGAAGCUUUUUCCCUGGUGUCUAGCCUCAGCCCAUACAGUUAUGAUGAGGGCUGCCUGUCCAACAGCCAGGAUCACAUUCCCCUCGCUGCGCUCCCCCUGCUCGCCACGUCCUCCCCGCAGUACCAAGAAGCUGUGGCCACUGUCAUUGUCAGAGCCAACCAGGCCUACAGUGAGUUCAUCAAAUCCCAGGAGGGCACCUCCUUCAACGGCCAGGUCUGCUUGGUAGGGGACUGUGUUGGAGGGAUCCUGGGAUUUGAUGCCUUAUGCUACAGCAAUCAGACUGUGUCUGAGAGCCAGAACAGCAGUCGGAGAGGGAGCGUUGUGAGUGUCCAGGAUACGGAGCUUCUAUCUCCUGGAAUAACAGUGAACAACAGCCACUGUUCCAGUGGCUCUAAUCUGGAAACCAGCAGACACCUCAGCAGGAGCAACAUUGAUAUUCCUCGUAGCAAUGGAGAAGAUCCAAAGAAGCAGCUGCCAAGAAAAAGGAGUGAUUCAUCCACUUAUGAACUGGACACAAUAAAACAGCAUCAAGCCUUUCUUUCAAGUUUACAUUCUAGUGUCCUGAGAAACGACCCCACAUCCAGGCGAUCCAGCAGCUCCACGAUGUUGGAUGGAGGAAAUAUUGGGAAGUUUGACUUUGAGAUCACAGACUUCUUCCUCUUUGGCUCUCCCUUGGGUCUGGUGCUUGCACUGCGGAAAACUGUAAUUCCAGCUCUUGACAUUUUUCAGCUCAGACCAGCUUGUCAGCAGGUCUAUAACCUGUUCCACCCUGCAGACCCAUCUGCUUCACGCCUUGAACCUCUUUUGGAGAGGAAGUUUUACCUUUUGCCCCCCUUCAGUAUUCCCCGGUACCAGAGGUUCCCGCUGGGUGAUGGCAACUCUGCUGUUUUGGUUGAGACAAUCCAGAACAAUCCCAUCCUCCUCAUGGAAAGUAGCCCUCUGGGUGCUCUCCAGCACCAGGACAGCUUCAUGGAAACAAGUAUCCCCGUUCCUGUACUGAAUUGGCAAGAUGUUUCCAAUAAAAGUGCUGGUUGUGCUGAGUCAGAUGUUGUUCAGUCUCAUGGUGCCGUCUUCGUGGAAAACGCGUCCCUGUCCACCCCCAUUUCAGCCCCUCAGUUCAGGGGCUUCCGGAGAGCCAGUGAGAUCAGCAUUGCCAGCCAGGUCUCAGGAAUGGCAGACAGUUACACUGCUUCCAACAUAGCCAACAAAACCAAACACCACCUUAAUCAUUGUAGGGGGUUUAGCCUUCUAUCCCAACUUGCCCUCCCUCACAAAUCCCCUACCCAAACCUCAUUCAGGAGGCGUAGGCAGCACAAACAUGAAAUCCCUGCCAAGGGAAGGAAGCUCAAAGGGCCACGGAGCCGGGCUGCAGGCUGUGCUCUUCGGAUACCAGACCUGGACAUCAAGACAGUUGCUGCCAAGUGGUGGGGAACCAAACGGAUCGACUACGCCCUGUACUGCCCCGAUGCGCUCACGGCGUUCCCGACCGUGGCUCUGCCUCACCUCUUCCACGCCAGCUACUGGGAGUCCACGGAUGUUGUCUCCUUCCUGCUCAGACAGGUGAUGAGACACGAGAACUCGAGUGUUUUGGAGCUGGAUGGGAAGGAGGUGUCUGUCUUCACCCCCUCCAAGCCGCGGGAGAAGUGGCUCCGCAAGAGGACGAACGUGAAGCUCCGGAAUGUCACAGCCAACCACAGGAUCAACGACACCAUUGCUAACGAGGAUGGGCCCCAGACCUUAACUGGGAGGUUCAUGUAUGGUCCAUUAGACAUGGUCACCCUCACGGGAGAGAAGGUGGACAUCCACAUCAUGACCCAGCCACCAUCGGGGGAGUGGGUGUACUUUGACACGGAGAUCAGCAACAGCAGUGGCAGGAUUUCCUACGUGAUCCCUGAGGAGCGGCGCCUGGGCAUUGGCGUCUACCCCGUCAAGAUGGUGGUCAGGGGUGACCACACGUUUGCUGACAGCUACAUCACGGUGCUGCCAAAGGGGACAGAGUUUGUGGUGUUCAGCAUCGACGGCUCCUUCGCAGCCAGCGUGUCCAUCAUGGGCAGCGACCCCAAAGUCCGCGCCGGGGCCGUGGACGUUGUAAGGCACUGGCAAGACCUCGGCUACCUCAUUAUCUAUGUCACGGGCCGCCCUGACAUGCAGAAGCAGAGGGUGGUGGCAUGGUUAGCACAGCACAACUUCCCCCACGGGAUCGUGUCCUUCUGUGAUGGGCUGGUUCACGACCCGCUGCGGCACAAGGCCAACUUCCUGAAGUCCCUCAUCACCGACCUGCACAUGAGGAUCCACGCAGCGUAUGGAUCCACCAAGGACAUCUCCGUGUACAGCUCCAUCAGCCUCCCACCCACGCACAUCUACAUCGUUGGCCGACCCACCAAGAAGCUGCAGAGCCAGUGUCAGUUCAUCACGGAGGGCUACGCAGCCCACCUGGCCCAGCUGGAGUACAACCACCGCGCGCGCCCCGCCAAGAACACCACGCGCAUGGCGCUGCGCAAGGGCAGCUUCGGGCUGCCCAGCCAGGCCGAGUUCCUGCGCAAGAGGAACCACCUGCUGCGGACCAUCUCCUCCCAGCCCUCGGCCGGCGGCGCCGGCCACCGGCCCGAGCGCACCCAGAGCCAGUCGGACAGCGACAAGGACAGGGACAGGGAGCGCAGCCAAAGGAGCAUGAGCAUCGCCACGGGCUGCUGGGGCCGGAGCGCCGCGUCCCGGCUGGAGUCUGGCCUCUUGGGGCAGAAGUAGCCAGGCCAGAGCCAGGAUCGUCAGCUGCAGCCACCGGAGGAGAAAACAAAAAGGAAAGGGGGACGAGGCCAGUGUUUCGGGCUGGAAGGGUAAAUAUGGUGCUACUCUAUUAACACGGUGGUCUGGGAAGAGAUGGGAUGGUUCCCACACAGAACGUGCAGGCCUUGCAGCGGGAGCGUCAGGUUUGUGCAGCGUGAGCCCGAGGAACAGCUGAAGUCGGGGGGGAAGUCUCCAGAUCAGGACGGCGCUCUCUCCUGCCUCCUUCUCUCUCUCAUCCAGGGUCAGUGACUGUAAAUACGUGCCUCCUCCUCGCCUUGUUAGCCAUCGCUCCAACACGGUGACCGAGUGCUGUCCUCAGAGCCACAGGAACAGGGCAUGAGGCUGAGGGAGCUUGUUCUGGGCUGUCCCAGGAGUCAGACUGGGGGCUCUGGGGUUGGGUAACGCGCCGCUCCCCCGGCCCAGAGAGGGAUUUGUCGUGGGCUGUGCCAGGCAGAGCGACCAACAGCUUUUCCUGGACAGAGAGAUCCACGUGCAGCCACUUUCUCGAGGAGCUGGUGCAGUGCAAAGCUGAAGCUGCAUCGAUGCCAUUGGCAGAGGCAGAAUGACAGCAGAUUCAUGCCCAAGACAGCAGGGUCGUUAUUGUUAUUACUGUUAUUUUUUAAAGAGACCUUUUAAUGUGUUGACCUAUUAAAAAAGGAAUACAAGCUA